AUGUAUAACAAUGAGUGUGAUGAUGGUGCCAGUAGCACUAGUAGUGAUGAUGAUGGCGAUGAUUAUGAGGAUGAUCUGAUCAAAGGUACGCGCGGCCUUGACCUAAUUACCGACAAGGUCAAAUCUUUUCUGGGUCAAAGUUCGGAUUACUCCGGGGUGGAUAAUUGUUUUCAGGCUAGCAAGGGGAGCUCACAUGUUAAUAGCAAGGACGGCUUUUUGAAAUCCAUGCAGAAUGUAUUUGAGCUUGAUGACCUGACGACGAGUUCAUCCGAUGGUGACCUAGAUGCCUAUGCCGACGACGACGACGAUGAUGACGACAGCCAUAAUAAUAAUAAUAAUAACAACAACAACAAUAAUAAUAAUAACACCAAUAACCACGGUAAUGAUGAUGGUAAUGAUGAAAUAUUUAGGAAAAUUGAGGAGAUAAUGACGUCGAAGAGAGAGUUCGAUAGUCUGAGCACGAAUAAAAAAGUGGCUAAUAAUAAUAAUAAGAUGAAUAAUAAUAAUAUAAAUAAUAAUAAUAAAAAAAAUACUAUUACUACUACUACUACUAAUAAUAAUAAUAAUAAUAACAAUAAUAAUAAUAAGACUGCUAUACGUGGUAAACUGCCAUCUAAAAUAGUAAACUCCAAAUUGAACACUGCCCUAUUCGCUAAGAUGUCAAUUAAUAAUAAUAAUAAUAAAUUUGGUAAAAGUACUGAUAGUAGUGGAAGUAGAGGUUCUAAUGGUAGUAGUAGUAACUGUGUUAAUGGUAGUAAUGAUACUAGUAUAAAAAGAUCGUUAAUAGAAGAUCUCAACGAAUCUAACAAAGGCGACUUCAAAAUUUCCAAAAAUGACGUCACCAGUAAAAAGUUCAAAGAUGGCGGUUCUAUAAAUGGUGAUUCCAAAAACAGCAAAUCUAAAAAUAGCUCAUUCGACAUGGCCAACUAUAUGGAGAUGAUGGACAGAGAGCUAAAAGCCACUAACAUAGGAAAGAGCUUCAAACCUUACUCUGAUUGCAAGAAGAACAGCAAUCAAACUCCUGGUGUAAGAUACAAAUUCUGUGAUGACGACGACGACGACGAUGAUGGCGAUGAUAACAAAGAGGAUGAUGAUGAUGAUGAAUUCAAUCCGGUAGACGUGGAUUUGAACCUGGUGGAGAACCUUUUAAAAUCUUACAACGCUCAGCAUGGUGUCCCAGGUCCUUCCACUACGUUAUUAGAAAGUAUCGGCCUCCCCUUGCAUCGAUACCCUGCCAAUAAAGAUGGAAACGAAUUGUGA